UACUACUCUUCCUUCACUUCUUCACAAGCCAAAUGUGAAUUUGCUUCCCUUUUCUUCUUUGUGCGGUUUGAAACCCAAUUUUAUUAGUACCAAGCACAAACAUAAUAGUACUACACAAUCUAAACAAAUUGAAUAUUUCAAGAAGAAGAAGAAGAAAAAUGGAGAAAAGGGUUAUUGAUUAUAUGUUAGUGCCAUUAGGAAUUUUGGGUAUGGUGGUUUACCAUGGUUGGCUUCUCUAUCGAGUUAUUUACCAUCCAACUAAGACUGUCAUCGGUGUCAAUGCCAUUCAUCGCCGGUAUUGGGUCCGCGCCAUGAUGGAGGAUGUGUCAAAGAACGGAGUUCUUGCUGUUCAAACGUUGAGAAAUAACAUAAUGGCGUCGACCCUCUUGGCAUCGACGGCCAUUAUGUUGAGUUCUCUCAUUGCUGUGUUAAUGACCAAUGGUGGUAGAAACAAAACUGAUUUGUUUGUUUUUGGUGAUAGAAGUGAGGCCAGCUUUUCUCUCAAGUACUUUUGCAUUUUGGCUUGCUUCUUGGUUGCCUUCUUAUUCAAUGUCCAAUCUAUAAGGUACUUCAGCCAUGCAAGCAUCCUAAUAAAUGUACCAUACAAGAAAAUAUCAAGAGAUCAUCAACAACACCAACAUUUGACAGUUGAUUUUGUAGCAAAGAAUGUGAAUAGAGGAAGCUUUUUUUGGUCACUAGGGUUAAGAGCUUUCUACUUCUCUUUCCCUCUAUUCUUAUGGAUAUUUGGUCCUCUUCCCAUGUUUAUCUCAUCUUUUGUUUUGAUUUUCAUGCUCUAUUUCUUGGAUGUUACCUUUGAAUGUGGGUGGGUUGUUGAUGUUUCCAACAAUGACAUUAUUACUUAUUACUCCAAAGAUGAAGAACUUGGGAGACCAAAUUAAAUGUUUGGUCAACUUCUUGGAAAGUAAAUUCAUAUUCAACCCAAGUUGAAUUGAAUUUAAUAAAAUAAAAUAAAAAAAUUAGAAGUGGAUUCUGUUCUGUUC